CUACAUAUCUCCAACAUGGCAGAAAUCACAGAAACACCCACCAAUGUUAUUGGUGAAGAGAAUCACGAAAAUGGAACGAAAGAUGGCAAAGAUAUUCAUCCGCUAGCAGCUGCAAUGGAUGAUGAAGAAGAGGAUAUUAUAUCGACAAUCCUAGCAUCACCUGGUGGAGAUACUAUAUCCUCUACCAAGGCUCUGAUUGGUUCAUACAAGUUUGAUGAUGACCAGGACACAAGAGAUCUCUUUAUAAAGGUUGAUGACCCCAUGAGACACACUGGCAAGAUGGAAUCAUUUGUCAGCUAUAGAGUUACAACAAAGACAACAAGGAGUUCAUUUGACAAUCCUGAAUACAGCGUAAGAAGACGGUAUCAAGAUUUCCUUUGGCUGAGGCAGAAGCUUGCAGAGGUCCAACCUACGCAUCUAGUUCCACCUCUUCCUGAGAAGCAGAGUAUGAGAUUAGACCGGUUUGCUCCUGAAUUCCUGGCAGCCAGACGAAGAGCACUCAACAAGUUUUUAGAGCGUAUCUCGCAGCAUCCAGUCCUUUCCUUCAAUGAGAACCUUCAAAUCUUUCUUACAGCCAAGGCAUGGGAGCUAGCAGCCCAUCGUAGACAGUCGACCUCCCUGAUGAGCAGAAUGGGUUCCUCCCUGAGAACGUCUACCACGGCUGCAUUGCUCAGGAAUAGGAGUCCAGAGUUCACCGUGAUGGGAGAGUAUGUCCAGAUGUUGGGAGAGAAACUAGGAUCCGUUGAAAGGAUAUCGCUAAGGAUACUACAAGAAUCCAAAGAAUAUGUUGGUGAGUUGAAGAUGUACAGCCCUGCAUUCCGACUGUGGAGUAAUUCAGAGAGCGAUCUUACAAUACCCCUUACCAAGAUGGCUGACUGUGUAGACAUCUGUAUCAACUCAGUAGAAGAUCAAAAUACUUAUCAAGAAACAGAUUUCUUGCCUUUAGUCAAAGAAUACAGCCUUUAUACAGAAUCCAUAAAGAGUGUCUUGAAGAAACGUGAUCAGUUUCAAAUGGAACAUGAAUUAGCCGUAGAAGAACUUAAUAAGAAGAAGAAUGAAAGAGAACAGGUGAAAAUAUCGGAUCAGAACUACUCGUUUGGUGCGUUCAUGGGUAAAGACCCAUCCGAAGUCAAAGAGGCAAAGAGUGGAAGGAUAGUAGCUCAAAUAGAACAGCUCCAGAAGGAAGUAGAAGUGUUCUCUGACCGAGCCGAAUGUGCCAAUGCAGAUCUCAAAGCAGACAUGGAAAGAUGGCAUCAUAAUAGAAGGAAAGAUAUGAAGGACAUGAUGAGUGGUAUGGCCUAUCAACAGAUCAUGGCUUACACUGGGAUACUUCAAGCCUGGGAGGAUGUGAUUAGCAGCUUACGAGAUGAAGCAGGAUUCCUUCACGGAGAGGACCCCUCCCCCAUGCACAGUACGACAGACCCCUCCCUGACGGGUGCCACAUCCCCCACCCUCAUACCAUCAUCAUCAGGGGCUGAUAAGGUUGAAGCAAAUAGCUCCAAAACUGUAGACUUUCCAGACAUGAAUAAUGCACUUACAGAUGAGGAUGAAGAAGAGGAACUGAACGCUUCAUAAUUCAUACCCCCUCGCUUGGUCCAUCAUAGAACAGUGCAUACGAUUUUUUAAAAUAAUUAUUGAAUCACUUUCCAAAGGAGAGAGGAAAAAGGAUGUCUGUGUACACCAUAGAUAAGUUGAUCUGUUUAUUAUCUGACUAACCGGUACUUCUGCAGUCUAUUUGGAGUUGAUCUUCAACAAUUACCUAGUGUCUUACAUAAUAAGUCCAUCUUACUUCAACACUAUACAUACACCUGUUAAUGAACUUAAAAGAAAGGACUUCUUGUGUAGUGUUUUCAGAGUUGAUCAUCGUCACCAACCUUGCAAUCUUCAAGACAAUCAAAUCGAGAUGAUUCUCCUAGUAAUUAGAUAUCUUCCAAUGAAAGGACGUGAAAAGAUCGGGGAAGCAUGUCAUGUAAGGAAUUAGUGGACGUUUUAUCUGACAAGUUCCACUUUAUCUGACUGUUUUCAUAGCAACAGUGCUUCCCAGCCAAUCAAAAUCAAGGAAAGUUGUCAGAUCGGGCAAAAAUGUUGAUAAAACACUCACCCAGUUCUUUCUUAGUUGAAUCCUUUUGGCCCACAGAAAUCUGGUUGAUUUAGGAGGAAUUCGACUGAGGAGAGGUAUAUAAUACAUGUUUUUAAUAAUCUGGUUAAAAAAAAUGCUUUGACUCAGACGAUUAUUUGACUUAAAUAUGGAAGGUCGACUUAGACAGAGUUACCUAUAGAUAUCUAAGGUUGCCUCAGAUAUUGUGCAAAGAAAAGCCAAAGGACAUUUCCAGUGUUAAGGGUCCCACUGCACAAGGCAUAGCAAAUGAUCUUAUGAUCGAUUUCAUGAUUGGUUGUAUUCAAUCAAUUGCAAAACUUUGUUCUGUGAUCAUUUGCAAAGCUUUUCGUCAUGGAUCAUUGAAACAACGUAACAGCCCGCCCAACGUAUAUGUUGAAUGCACAUUGAUGGUCAACUCAAGUUGAGUAUAAGAGAUGUUCAUCCAUGGUUGCAUAGAGGAUCACAUAAGAUCAUAUUUGGUACCAACUUAAUGAAUUUGUUUGGCUGUGAAUCCAGGCUGCAUAGGUACCAUCUUCCAAUCAAAUUGAGUUUUAUACAAAACAUCUCUAAGGCUUGUAAAUUGCCUUUGAUAUGGCAUGAAAGAUUCAUGGGGACAGUUUUACCCUAGAUUUGUUCAGGGUAAGCUCUUUGUCCAUACAACAUCUAUAUGCAGUGAGGGUAACUCGCUUAGAAUUGAAUGAAGGGGGGGGGGUAAGGAGUAUCUAUUUUAAGAGUAUACAAGUAUGCAAUCAAAAUUUGAUAUUGAGACAUAUGUGUCUAAACCUAUGUUGAUUGUGACUUUUCAUUUAUCAAUAGUGGAAAAAAAAAUUACUCUCUCUCUCGUUCUUUCUAUUUGCGAAGGGGAAAAAAUGAGAUUUACAAGUCGGCAACUAGGGAUAGUUUUUGUAUACAUUCAAGUUUUAUCACAAAUCUCAAGGACCAAUUUUGUAAUACCUACCUUUGAUCAGGUUACUGUCUGGGGAUUCUGAAAAUGUUGAAUCCCUUGGAACAAUUUACAGUGAUGUAAUGGAGGCCAGAGUCACAUGUACAAAGUCUAUGAGAGAAAGUUUUCUCCAUCUGUCUUGUGACUACCAGCCCUGACUUCAUCCCUCCAAAUUAGCUUGUGUGGAAACUGGAAAAUUGUCGAAUAAGAUCAAGGAAAGUUUGCGAAAAAUGAUAUAUUAUUUCUAACGAAACUUAUGUUAUGAGCAGUUGAAUGUCCAUUUUUUUUCUCAAACUUUCUUGGAUCUGUUUUCUGUGAUUUUUCCUUCUUUCUACCAUUUAACUUAUUGAAAUGUUUCAGAGGCAUUUCCUGUGUUAUUCCUAUCGCGUAGUAGAGAGUUUUUGCAUUUACUACGGAGCCGCAUUCUACAACGUACCAAUUCCUUUGAAAAUGCAACAAUUGAGCGUUGAGAGGCUUUUGUCGAAAGUUGAUUGAUCUGGCAGAUCAACAAUUCCACUCCAGCUUCUGUUCCUAAUCCACUAACUUUCGACAAAAGCCUAGAUCAGCUCUCCAUUGUGAUUUGAAUUGCAUUUUCAAAUGAAUUGGUGCGUUGUAGAGAGCGGCUCCGUAGUAAAUGCGAAAACUCUCUAUUAAUGGUGUAAACCUCCUCAUCAUCUGACCCUAUUGUGAUCCAAGUAUCAACAAAUACUAGUUGUAUGAGCUUUGUAAUUUUGAACAUACGUUGUAUACCUGAUCCAGGCUUUUGAUAUUCUUCAUUGUAAAAUAAGCUACAUUCCUUUAUUUUUAUAUUAUUCACUGGGUGUGAAUGGGUAUUCUAUCAAUUUUUCUUUUUCUUUUGAUACAAUUUAUUUUCAACCUCAUGGCAUUGUAUUUUUUGUUCCUGGUGGUCUCUUUCAUUAAAAAAUGCAUACUUUUAUUUAAACACACUAUAAUGAAUGUAAAUCUAGACCUGUGCAUAUGAUAUUCUUUGUGCUAGAGUUUUACAUUCAUUUUUUUUCUCAAUAUUUUUUUACUGUUAAACUACACCUUUUUCUUCCUGAACAAAUGUGAAUUUGACAGAAUACUUUUCAAAAACUUGAAUUGGGAUAGUUAAUUUUGUGUGAUAAUGUGUGUGUUUACUCUGUACAAAUGUGUUAAAUAGCAAUGAUGAAUAGGUCCAGUACUAGUAAAAUAUAUCGUUAGUUUGAGUCCUAUCCCAAUUUUAGUUUGCUGGUGCUCAAGUGGAAUGAAUUUAUAAAAAUUGGUUUCAAAUCAUUAAGUGAGUGUGAGUUAUCUGUCAGUAAGUGCACAAAUAAUGUUACUUAAUUUUAAUAGCAAACAAAUUGUUUAACAAUUAGUGCAUAGAUUUAUAAAAAGGAUUACAAUGAUGCUGGAUGUGUGGUAAAGGUGUCAGCUAUUUGUUUUGCAAAAUAAGAGUAGUGUUAUUUUCGGUUUCAGUAAUUUUGCACAAAUGUGCCGUGCAUUGAGAUAGCUGUGUACAAUUUAUGUAAACAAUGUGAUGUUAUCAAAAUUAAACAUUCUAAGAAAGAAAAAAAAAUUAUGUGCUUCAGUGCUUGUAAAAAUUGUAGAAAUAUAUUUAUUUAAAUUAUUGUCCGUAAAUAGGACAAUUUUCAUAAUUUUUUAUUUGCAUAUUGAUGCUGAGUGUGGGGGAACGAUACCAUUAUGAGUUUCAGAGCAAACUGAUGGUAUCUAUUUUGCAGAGAUAAAAUCAUAAAACCUUGUAAUGGUUAAGAAACACUAUAAGUGCCUGUGUCUUAUUUUGAGGAAAAAACACAGAUAAUAGAUUGAAAUACCUAAUUCUGCACCUUGUAUUUUGAUAUAGAAUAUGUUCAUAUAUACAUCUCUUUGUGUCUAUUGUUCAAUGAUAUUUUGUUUUAGUUAUUUCAAUAUAUUGAAAUCAUUUGCAUUCACUAACAUUCACUAACAUUUUCAUGUUAUGCAAUGUAUUUGCUGGUUUGAUGCAGAUUUUUUUGUGGGGGUGCAAGAUGAAGGUGAAAUAUUUAGUUAUACAGCUAAGGUAAUUUCAAUUUAUUUUCAUAUAGCUUUUAUUUCUGGAUGACUUAAUGAAAGUAGUAUAAUUUUUAUCCUAUUAUAAAAGAAAUGUGCAGCUUAAUAUCAAACACUGGCCUGAUGAUUUGCUACUGCCUAUAUGAUAGAUUAUUUAUUGCUUCUAUUGUAAAAUCGCAACGUUAUGCCUAUUCACUCUUGAAGUACUGAAUUUAGAAGUAAUGUUGAAAAAAUACAGUCUCCUUUAAAUCUCACCACCUUCAUUUCCCCUAAACUUUGUUUCUCUUCAUUUAAGGUUUUAAGGUAAGUGGUUAUACAAGAAUUUAGUUAUGAAUAUUGAGUCAUGCACUUGUAUAUUCCCUUGUUUGCUGAAUGUGUGAGCCUCCCUCAGGGAUGUGACAUGGGACCAGUUUCUAUCAUAUAGAUUUCCAUGGGGUUACACAUAUUUUCAUCAAUUACUUAGAAUAUGAAGUACAGAAAACAAAGCUCGAGUAUUAUACAAUACUCUGACAGCCUGUUUCUCGUGAAGCAAAUAUAUACCUGCAUAUUUUGUUCACACAAUCGAUUUGUCAUAUCCUAGUCAUUUGUAAGAUCCUGCAUAUUAUGACAAAUAGCUUUGUGACACCAUCUGGGUGUUGCCAGCUAUCCUUGUCAGGUAUCAGUUUUUGACAUCCACUUGUAUAGGAUUUACAAGAACCUCUCUUAAUACUGCCAGGAUCGCUUAUGUGUUUUUCAUAUUGUGCAUCACUCAAAAAACUAAAAUGUUGAAUUAACAACAGAAAGGUUGGAGGAGUGAUGUUUUCCAAAUGUUACAUCCAACCUUGCAUAAAGCCGAAUCCAACAAUUGAAGUGUUGGUUGAACCAUUUAAAGUGGUAAUUGCAACAUUUAGUAGAUUGUCACUCCAACCUUUCAAAUGUGGAUUUGACAUGUCGGUUUUUAGAGUUUCCUUGUGUAUUGUAUCCAUACUUUAGUGUUUGUUCGUACAACAGUUUUAUUAUGAAAAGCUGAUAUAUUUUUUUUGUGUGUUGUAAUUUGUCUAAUUUUCGAAUUUUGUCUGCUGAGUAGAUGUUUUCUAAUAAUCUCAUAACCUUCACCUUCACUUUCUUUUGUAUUAUCAGUUAUCAGUUUGAAAUCAAUCUAUUGCAAUGCAUGAUCAAUUGAUACUUCCGAAUUCAUUAAAUGGCCCUCAGAUCUUGGUUUAUGAAUGAAUUUUAUUCAUAGAUUAUCCAUGUGCCACAAAGUAUUACACAAAUUACAUUUAUUGAAUGUUAUUUUUGUGUACAGUGUCAAAAUGAUUUUAAUGGUAUUUUGUAAUAGUGUAUGAUAGAUUUAUUCUUUUCAAUCGUUUAUAAUGUGCAAUGAUAUGUAAAUCUGGGUAAAUAAAUACAUACAGGAUUAUUGUAA